AUGCUGGAGGUGCUCACUGGACGGCCACCUACAGGGAAAGAGGUGGAAGAUGGCGGUGGGAACCUUGUCGACUGGGUGCGGUGGAUGAUUGCACGCGGUCGGGAGGGUGAGUUGUUUGAUCCAUGCCUGCCCGUUUCAGGUCUGUGGCAUGAACAGAUGGUUCGCGUGCUUGCCAUUGCUCAGGAUUGCACUGCCGACGAGCCAUCGAAGAGGCCGACCAUGGUGGAGGUGGUGAAGGGACUCAAGAUGGUCCAGCUGAUGAAACAUGAAUCUCACAACCUCCAGCAAUUUGUGGCGCAGCCAUGA